AUAUCGUGUGUCCAGAUUUCAUAUUCAGUUUUGUAGUACCUAGUUAUAUUACGAGAUACGGAAAAAAUACGAGGGAUUAAAUAAACACGUGACCGCGACCGAGGCAGAGAGUGACUGCAAACAAGCAGCGCACGAUCCACGAGACGUGACCAGCGAUGUGUUGCGUGUGACGUAUGCGUUAUUCGUUGGUGACAAACUAACCGAAUCAUUAGCCGAUCAAACGGUCGUGCGAAGCGGCCAAGACAGAGCGAAGCAACAGUUACGAUCGAUCGGUAGAGAUUAUUGGUUUAGCCAUGUAUAGAACGGGUCUACGUUGUAUGUGUUCGUGCUGAUCGAUUUUUAUUGACAGCGUUUUAACACGGUGCGUUUCAAAAGGAGCAAACGUGACACCUGAAGGUAAAAAGAAAAGUUUAUCGUAACACGAUUUGGUUCUACCAACGAACGCACGUAUCGCACUUGGACAAAUAUAUCAAUAAUCAACCGUCUAGGCGUUGCCAUAUUUACUGGAAGCGAAAGUAGAAGCAAGGGAACGGUAUUGGGACAUGACGUUAUGCGUAUCUAACUUUAGUUUCGAUUUUUCGAUACUGUUUUCGUACGAGUGUUCGCAUUCGUUCGCAAUAUCGUUUUAAUAUUAUUCGUUCGAUACUUAAUUAUCGAUUUUUUCGAAGAACUUUCGGUAAUUUCGGGAACUCAAACGUCGAAGACACUGUAAAAUAAUAUUUAUUCGUUCUCGAUAUCAGCAAGUAUUAACAGUUACACUGCCGGUCAUCGGUAUUAGGACGCUUGGUUUAAACGCUGUCAACAUUUCAACUAUCGUAGCUCAGCGAAAAGAAGUCGUACAAUAAUAUUUUUGGGGUCGUUUUAAAGGUUGAAUCUUCUACGUUCACAUUUCUGUUUCAAAUUUCUUCCAAGAUCAUUUCGCGCAACGAAACAAUUAAAACAGCGAAACUGAUUUUACUACAAAAAAUGGUUUAAAUUCAAAUGGCUGUCAAAAGUUUAAAAAUUUUUUUACGCGACUAAAAUAACCAUGAAUUUAAGAAUCAAAGUCUCUUCUUUGCAAUGACUCCCUUAAAAGUUCGUUCGCGAUUUUUUUCGCCAUUUUAUUCCACAUUAAAUGGAACGCGCGUAUAAAGGUCAAUAAAAAUGACGCAAAUUUAAUUUAUUUAUUUAUUGUACGAGUAAAAUUCAUUUCGUACACAAAAAUUAAAUAAAUGGAAACUGUUUGAAUUUGGAACACUUUUAGAAUAAACCCAUUUUUAUUUUUUUCUUAAAAUUUAUCUUAGGGAUGCGAAAGCUUAGGAUUUUGCCUUCGAAAUUAGUCCAAGAAGAUUAUUAUACAACUUUCUUUCUUUUACGAAGUAAUAAUUCGAGACAUUGGAAAUGUUUCGACCAAACAUCGACAAUACUUGUGAUUGGCAGUGUUCUUCAGUCUUUCAGGAUCUACAGAUUGGACUUGGAAAUAAAGGAACCGGAACUCGCCGAUCUUUACACAGUGAACAUGAAAUUUUAUUUCGAAGCGUAAGCGGGUUACCAGCGUGCGACAUUUUUUUGUUAAUAAAAAGAUGUCUUUUAGCGCAAACGCGAAUAAAUGGUCGCCAAAAUUGAUAAUCGGCUUUCAACUGACUAUUUGGUGUAUCGUUGGGAUUAUACUUCUCCAAAAGGGUGCAAUCUCUCUGUACGAUACAAAGGAAGUGACACGAAAUGACACAGCUGACAUACAGGGAAAGUUAAUGACAUGGAACGAAAACGAAUCGAUCCAAGAGUCAAGUAUUGCGGAAAAAUGGCAUCGAUUUGUCGAACGCAAAAUUGCAACUCCGGAGAACGACAGAGUCGCUGUCGAUAAUCUCGGCACUGUUGUACAGAACGAACGAUGGCCCCGCAAACUGUUCGAGCCUUAUCGGAAGAGUAAUAUUGACACAGGAAUAACUGAAAAGAGUUCGAUCAUCGAUAAAUUGACUACAAUGAAUCGUAAACAAGAUUCUCGUGACAUCCGUGCUAUUCAAGCUCAGACAAUUCACACGACUAGCAAAAACGAAGUAGGAAAAAUGUAUGGCAAAGAGAACAUCAUUAUUGCGCAGAAUCUCGACGAAAACGGUCGCAACGGCAAAAAGAUUGUCACAAGCAAUAAUACGUCGAGUACUUUGUUUCGAAACUUUGGCCCUACGGAUCUCCUUACUUUGAACGAAAGUAAGUUUUUCGAUCAUGGGUAUAACGAUAUCCGUUACGAAGCCUCAGGAAUUGGUAAAAAUGAAACCAAGUCGGAACGUUCGCCGGUGAAUCGAGUUGGAGCGGCUGUUGCUAUAAUCAUGCUCGCGAUAGGAGUCGUGAUGCUGCUCCUAGGGCCAUUGAUCGUUAUUCUACGGGCAUUUGCCGACAGAAGGCGAACCAGACAAAUGUUGUUAAAAUCAAGGUGUCGUAGCGACCAGCCACCUACUUACGAAGAAGCAACAGCAACCUUAAUGGACGAAGCGCCUAGAUACUCGACUCUCCAACUAGAUACGAUCCCUGAGUCUUCCUUUUCCCUUUAAUCUACUUUGUUACCUUUUCUUUUUAAAAAACACACACACACACACACACGCACACACUUUUCAUGUCGAUCGUUGCACCUCUUAUUAAACUCUUUAUUAUUUUGAUA